CUUAGUAACAACUAACAAGUUGCCCUAGCAAAAGCCCUGAAGGAUAUAGAUAAUACUGUGGUAAUUGUCACAAAGGCUCUACCGAAACUGACGUUACUGAGUGGUCGGAGCUAAUAAUGAGCACUAAAGUGUUGAACAUGUUGUCUGUUUGUUUAUGCUUUAAUGUUUAAUAGUUCUGCUGUUUGUUUAAUAUUUAAUAAAUCUUUUAAUCCUUGUUGAACGGCUUUACUUCUUUUUUUUUUUUUUUGCCUUAUAUUUAAGAAAGUAACGAGUUUUUAAUGUGAUCGAAAGCAAGUUAAAGAAUGAGACAUGACAACAGUUCUUGGAUAUUUUACUGUUGUCGCGUAUGACAAGGAUGCGGGGGAAUGGGACACGGAGAAAGUCGCUGAUCCGUCUCAGAGCGACUUUUUUCUUUUUCUUAAUUUCUUUUAUUAGUUUUUUUAAUGUUUAUGGAAAACAUAUCAGGCAUUAUAUAUGGACAUAGUUAUCCACCAGGCAAAUACAAUUAUUAGUACACCAUAGCUACCACUUUCUGACUUGUACCUUCGUGCGGUCAGAACGAUAGCAGAUAACAACUCUCUGUAUCUAUGGUAGCAGACGCACCGGAAACAUGGUAUGUCACAUGAUUUAAACGACCAAUAAAAUUAAGUCUGACUUCUUAUCUCUCUCAAUGAACUUGCAUUUCUCUGUCCGCCUCAGUGAUGCUAGCUUUGCUAGGGUCGCAUCUACUUCAUGGUCGCAUUUCUACCCCGUUCCGACUUCUAUGGAACCACCUAUGGAUAAGUUUGCCAGCUUUCCAAGCUUCGCAACUGGCUGUGUAACUCUCAGAACUCCCAGCAAACCGUUCGCGUGACCUCGAGACUAUAGUGCAGUCGCGCUCGAGCAGAAGUGGUCAGUCCAAUAAUUACAUGAACAGUCCAGACAGGUUCUUAUUAUAACAAGUACUGAGACACCAAUGAUGAAGGAGUUAAGGCCUUGUAUGCAGUUUCAGUCUGACAGUACUUUAACAAUAAACAAAGACAAAUCAACUAUGAGCCUACAAGAGCAGGAAACUAUGUCUACCAUUAAAAGUGAAUUCCAGGUUCUGUGUACACUCAUCAAGUGUGAACCAAGCUCUGCAGUUGAUCUACAGAAAUAUUCGAGUGUAAAUCUGAUGACAGAAAGUUCGUUUUCUUCUUAUUCUAGAGCGACAAAUGGGUCACAGACUAACCUUGUGCAGCUUGAGAACAGCUCUGGUCAAUUGUAUGACAUGAAAUCUGAGCUUGCUACACACAGUCAGCAGUUAAACUUACAGCAUGAUUGUGGUGUGAAACAGGAGUUUCAUCAUCAAGAUGCCAUUUGUUCUAUCAAAACUGAAGAAACUGCUAGUCAAGAACUUCCUCACAUAAACAUUGAGCCUUCUGCACACAAUCAGCAGACAAACUGCAAAAAUGAAAAUGUUGUGAAGUUGGAGUUCACUUCUCAAUGUGCCACAUGUUCUGUUAAAACUGAGCAAGCUCCUGAUAAAAAAUUGCAUUAUAUAAAGACUGAGUAUUUUGCACACUUUCAACAUAGUGACGUGAAACAUGAGUUCCACUCUCAAGAUGCCAGUUGGUCAAUUAUGACUGAGCAUGAUCAUGUGCAGGAUGCAAAGACAGAAGAGCAGCUUGUGAUUAAGCAAGAACAAAAUGAUACUCACAUAGUGAAGACUGGGACAGACUUGUGCACUCAGCAGGAAGUGUGCCAGCAUGACAGUAGUGAGACAGUUCAAGAGAUGAGUACUGUUAGUUGUAAAACUCCUGAGGUUAUGGAUAUUGUCACAGGAAGCCCUCAGCAUCAGACAAAUUCAUGUGUCACAGAAGUUGCUGUCACCAUUGAUUCAAACAAACAUGUCAACAGUGUCACUAAAACCAAUCAGUGCAAGGUGUGCAUCUCUUGUUUCAGAUUUCCAUACUUACUAAAGAGACAUAUGCUGAUCCACAGUGAUAAGAGACCUCACCAGUGUGGUAUGUGUAAAGCAGCUUUUAGACACUCAAGUCAUUUAAAAGAGCACAUGCUGACCCACAGUAAUGCUAGGCCAUUUCAGUGCAGUGAGUGUAAAGCUGCAUUUAAAACAUCAAGAGCUUUAAAACAACACAUUGAAGCCCACAGUGAUGAGAAACCUUAUCAGUGCAGUAAGUGUAAAACCACUUUUAGGCGCUCACAGUAUUUAAAAAGGCACAUGCUGACCCACAUAUUCGAGAAACCUCACCAGUCCAGUGACUUUCAAACAACGUUUAAACCCUCCAAAGAUUUAAAAAUGCACAUUUUUACUCAGAGUGAGGAAAAACCUUACCCGUGCAAUAUGUGUACAGCUACUUUUAGGCGCUCAAGUAAUUUGAAAGAGCACAUGCUGACCCACAGUGAUGAGAAACCUCACCAGUGUAGUGUGUGUAAAGCUAGUUUUAAGCAGGUACUAGGUUUAAAACAUCACAUGGUAAUUCACAGCGAUGUUAAACCUUAUAAGUGCAGCGUAUGUAAAGCUGCUUUUAAAAGAUCAUAUACCUUAAAAGAGCACAUGCACAUGCACACCCACGUUAAGGAGAAACCUCACCAGUGCAUUGUGUGUAAAGCUGGUUUUAGGCAAUUGUACGAAUUGAAAAGGCACAUGGUGGCCCAUAGUGAUGAGAAACCUCACCAGUGUAGUGUGUGUAAAUCUGCUUUUAGACGCUCGAAUGAUUUAAAAAAACAUGUGCUGACCCACAAUGAUGAGAGACCUUACCAGUGUAGUGUGUGUAAAAGUUCAUUUAAGUGUUCAGGAGGUUUAAGAAGUCACAUGUUGACCCACAGUAAUGUUAGACCUCACCAGUGCAGUGUAUGUAAUAUGGCUUUUAAGUCCUCAGCUGUUUUAAAAAAAGCACAUGAUGACCCACGGUGGUGUGAAACCACACCAAUGCAGUGUAUGUAAGAAUUCAUUUAGGUCCUUAUGGCAUUUAAAGCACCACAUGUUGAGGCACAGUGAUGCAAGACCUCACAAGUGCAGUUCGUGUAAAGCUACUUUUAAGCGUCCAGAAUCUUUAAGAUCGCACAUGUUGAC